GUAGGCGACACUGUGAGUAACAGGAGCAUCGUGUACUCGUGCGGGGAAGCCGUCGGCGUGUGGCGACACUACUUAAAGGUACUCUCACUACAGAUUUUUUUAGAGAAGUAUUUGUGCUUUUAGGAUAAUUUCCAUAGUAACUUUUAACGCGCACAAUGGCUGAGAAGAUGGACAUGGAGAAAGGCAGGGCAGCUAACGGCGAGGCGCACCUCGAUGAGCAGCUGGCCAACGGCACCAACGGCCCCAAGAAGGGCAGCAAGGAGCCACUGGCCCAGCGGGUGAAGAGGAUAGUGAUGGCCAACUUGCUGGUGAUCCUCACCGUGGCCGGGGUCAUCAUCGGUGUUUUUAUUGGACUCGCUGUGCGCAACGCGGACCUCACCAGGACCCAGAUCAUCUACGUCGGUUUCCCCGGUGAGCUGCUCAUUAGAUUGCUGAAAAUGAUCAUCAUCCCCCUGGUAGUGUGCAGUCUGGUGUCCGGGGCUGCCAGCAUCGACCCCAAAGCCCUGGGCAAACUUGGUGGCUGGGCUAUGCUCUUCUUCCUGGUCACCACCUUAAUUGCGUCCUCCAUCGGGGUUGUGAUGGCUUACAUCCUGACACCGGGGUUGGGUUCCAUGUCCAAACCCAAGAUCCAAGGCUUGGAUGACGACGUGCCUGCCGCCAAAGAAGUCAUAGACUCCUUCUUAGAUUUGAUCAGGAACAUCUUUCCCUCCAACCUGGUGGCUGCUGCCUUUCAAUCAUAUGCAACCAGCUACAAGCUGGUAACCAGGAAUGGCACAGAUGGAAACCUUAAUAUCACAGUGGAGAAGGUGCCCUUUGGAAUCGACCAGGAUGGCAUGAAUAUUCUUGGUCUGGUCGUGUUUGCCAUUGUGUUUGGUAUAGCUUUGAGGAAGCUGGGAGAGGAAGGAGAGAUCCUCAUCAAGUUCUUCAACUCCUUCAAUGAGGCCACCAUGGUGCUGGUCUCCUGGAUCAUGUGGUACGCCCCUCUUGGUAUCAUGUUCCUUGUAGCUGGCAAGAUCGUCGAGAUGGAGGAUGUUGGUAAUCUGUUUGCCAGUCUGGGAAAAUAUAUAGCCUGCUGUAUCAUUGGACAUGCCGUCCAUGGCUUUCUCGUACUGCCAGCCAUUUACUUUGUCAUUACAAGGAAGAACCCAUACACCUUCCUCUGGGGGAUAUUCACAGCUUUGGCAACUGCCUUCGGAACAAGCUCCAGCUCAGCCACUCUGCCCCUGAUGAUGAAGUGCGUGGAGGAAAAUAACGGCGUAUCAAAGCACAUCAGCCGUUUCAUCCUGCCCAUCGGAGCAACGGUCAACAUGGACGGAGCUGCUCUCUUCCAGUGUGUGGCUGCUGUUUUCAUUGCUCAGCUGAACAACUUUUCCCUCAACUUCAUCCAAGUUAUUACCAUCCUUGUGACAGCCACAGCGUCCAGUGUUGGAGCAGCAGGUAUACCUGCCGGUGGUGUGUUGACCCUGGCCAUCAUCCUGGAGGCUGUAGGAUUGCCCACCAAUGACAUCUCUCUCAUCCUGGCUGUUGAUUGGCUUGUUGACCGUACUUGCACAGUGCUGAACGUAGAGGGCGAUGCCUUCGGAGCUGGGCUUUUGCAGCACUUUGUGGACCGUACGUCCAAACGAGACGAGGGAGCAGAGCUGAGCGAGGUCAGGAUGGGAGACCCAACACUUCCAGCCCCUGAGAGCUCACCGCUCAUUGAGAAGCGAGGUGGGAGGGACAGUGCAGACACUGCUAAGAAGUUUGUCCGCAGGCAUUUAGGAAACUUGAAGACUUUGGAGAAUGUGUGGUGUAGCAGUGAUGAGAUGAGUUGUACUGGCCGCACCCUGGAGUGA